AUGACUCGCUCCCACAAGCACAACGAUAUCCCUAAAAACACCGAUGAACCGGCCCCCGACAAGGCCAUCCCCAAGUUCUUCGGAAAGCACGGUUUCACCGACCAAGCUCCCAACAAGGUCAAGAAGAAUGGAGGCGGCAAGGGCAACUGGGGCCACGACGGCGGCGAGGUCGAGGAUCUGGAGGAAUACAUCUCGUACAAGCCGCGUCGUCGCAGCAACUCGAUCAGCCAUGCCGAAGCCAUGAUGCCAACCAAGUUCGACCAGAACGACCCCGAGCCCGUCUUCGAGGAGGAGCUCGAGACCGUCGAGACAAACACCUCCACCACCUCCACCACCUCGGCUUCCUCCGCCAAGGCCUAG